CCGCGAAUCGCGCGCGCGUGUUCAAUACAAGAUUUAUUAUCUUCAUACAUAAUCGCGCAAUUUUAAUAGUACCUACACAAAAAAAAAUUAUAGACAAUUGAAAUGUACUAAAAUCGUGACACAUUUUUUAUUUUUUAUUAUUUUUUACGAGUGAUACCUACACAAAGUGCAUUAUUAAGGGGCAAAAUGUCGAGUGCCUUAGCGUUAUUACAAGGUUUGGGGCAGAAGGUUAGGGGCAAAGAACACAAUGAGUGCAGGACACUACACAUCAAUAUGCCCCCGCCUACUAAUGUGGAUAUUGAGUUUAGGAACAUUACUAUGACCGUUUCUUCGGGAAUAACGAGCAAAAAAAAGAAAACAAUCCUGAACAAUGUAUCGGGUCUCUUCAAGUCUGGUCAGUUGACUGCCAUCAUGGGACCGUCAGGUGCAGGCAAAUCAUCACUUAUGAACACACUCACAGGAUUUUGUGUAAACGGCGUCAAAGGCACUGUUCGCGCUGGGGACGUGGUUUGUGAACUCGGCAAGAACUGUUCUACAGCUGCAAUACAGUCCUAUCGCAAGAAAUCCUGCUACAUCCUGCAAGAUGACAGACUGAACGCCCUUUUCACCGUCAGCGAACUUAUGAACUUUGCGGCCGAUUUGAAAAUAGGAAACAUGCUUACGAAGAAGUUAAAGGAUUCGAUAAUAGUGGACGUGUUAGAAACGCUCGGUUUGACAGGCACGGAGAACACAAGAGCCGGUAACCUGUCAGGCGGUCAGAGGAAAAGAUUGUCAAUCGCCUUGGAAUUAAUUGAUAAUCCACCUGUAGUAUUUCUCGAUGAACCUACCACCGGCCUGGACAGUCUAACCACAAGCCAAUGUAUGAGCAUGUUGCAGGAUCUAGCCCGCGGUGGCAGAACAAUAAUAUGCACGAUUCAUCAACCCACCGCACUUAUCUACAAAAUGUUCGAUCAGGUUUAUAUUUUAGCAGAAGGAAUGUGCAUUUACGAUGGCCCCAGUGACAACACCGUACCAUAUUUAUCUACCAUGGGCUUUAAUUGUCCAGUUUAUCACAAUCCCGCUGAUUAUAUAUUAGAAAUAGCAAACGGAGAAUACGGUAAUUUCAACGAACUCCUCGCAGCGAGGUGUACAAGAGAUCAAAAGUUAGAAAAAGUAGUUCAGCAGAUUGAAGAAGAAUCCCCGACUUUUGCAUGUGGAAAAAUGUCCAUCAUCGUCAAACAACCGCAAGAGAUUCACAAAUUUGGGGUGCUGUUUAAACGAUGCCUUAUACAACAAUAUCGGGACUGGUCAAUGACACAUCUAAAAGUGGCUCUGCAUCUCUUCAUUGGUGUCCUACUCGGGUUAUUAUAUGAUAAUACAGGCAGCAAUGGAUCGAAGACAUUCAACAAUCUAGGAUUUCUUAUUGUAUCGGUUACCUACUUAUGUUAUACCUCUGUGAUGCCGGCCGUUCUGAGAUUUCCUGAUGAAUUGCCAGUGUUAAAAAAAGAGAAUUUUAACAAUUGGUACAGCCUGAAGACAUACUACGCCGCCAUCUUGGUCACCACAAUGCCGUUACAAGUCUGGUACAGCUUAGUAUACUCCACGCCCGCCUACCUCCUCACAGGCCAGCCCAUCGAGUUAUCUCGUUUCGUCAUGUUUGUUUUUGUGCUCGCCAAUGUUACAUUACUUGCUGAUUCGAUAGGCAAUGUAAUUGGAACAUGCGUUAAUCCUAUUAACGGUACAUUCCUCGGUGCAAUAACAACAUGCGUGAUGCUCGGUUUCGCCGGUUUCCUGGUUCUGAUCCCGCACAUGCAUCCGAUCAUGCGAUUUGUGUCCUAUGGCUCCUUCUUAAGGCACAGUUUUGAAGCUCUCGUCAUAUCGCUGUACUCGUAUAAUAGGGUACCACUGCAUUGUCCAGAUGACGUCAUGUAUUGUCACCUUAGGUACAAAAUAAUUAUCAUAAGUUUAGUUUUAAUGGGAACAGUUGAUCUCAGUGAAGUGGGUUACUAUGAAAUAUUGGGGGUAUCUAAACAGGCCUCAACUCAAGAGAUAAGGCAAGCAUACAAAAAGUUAGCUAUUAAACUACAUCCCGAUAAAAAUUCUAAUGAAGAUGAACAAGAGAGGUUCUUAAAAAUAACAGAAGCUUAUGAAACUCUGAAAGAUCCAGAGAAGAGACAAAACUAUGACAAGUAUGGUUCGCACCAGGCGUACACCAGGAAGUAUGAUUACAAUUCACAAUCUGAAUACAACAAUUUGUUUAUGAAGGGACUGUAUCAUAAGGACCCCCAUGUGGAGACUCUUACACCAGUUACUUAUAAGAGUUUCUUUACCGAUGAUCCGCUUUUUAUUAAUUUUUACUCACCAUUCUGCCCGCCAUGUCAAAAUUUGGCAGACGACUGGAAGAAAUUUGCUGAAGUUUAUAACGGAAUUGUAAAAGUUGGUGCGGUGAAUUGUAAAUACUACAACUCGUUUUGCUAUCACUCAAUGAGGAUAGGUAAUUAUCCAUCGUUGUAUUUUUAUCCUAAUGGCAAAGACGGAAGCUUCGUAGUUUAUAAUGGCGCGCAUACAUUUGAUGAUCUGGAAAAGUUUGUUAUGAACUAUCUGAAGAAUAAAAUCUCACUAACAACAGCACCAUUUAUUCGAGACACAGAAACACCCGUUGUGUAUGUUCUCGAUACUGAUAUAGAUGAAAGAAUACUUGUGCGAAUCGCUUUUAGAUUGUAUUAUAUGGCGUCUGUGGUUUUAAUAGAAGAUGAAAUGAGCAAGAUGCUUUCCAAAGAUCUAGGAGCUACAAUAGUUCUGAAGUAUGGAAACAGAACUGUAUUGCUAAAUAGCACUGAAGAGAAGGACAUUUUGAAGAGAGUUGUGGAAGCUCUGCCGAAAAUUGAACAAGUUGGCUUGAAGAAGAUGCAGGAAAUUAGAAGUCAACUACGUAACGGAGGUAGUACUCCCUGGGUCCUCUACUUCUCUACCAAAGGAGAUGAUAAGCUACCAGUGUAUCAUUUGAAGUCCGUUGUGAGGAAUAUGAAAUUUGGGGAAAUAAACUGCGAUAAACUGGGAGAGCUGUGUCAUUCCCUGCAAAUUAACAAGGCUCCAUCGUGGGGUAUUCUCAAACCGGGCGGCGGUUACCAGAGAUUGUUCUCGGAGCCCACACGAGAGUUAUUGGAGAAAUCUGUUGAUGCGUAUAAUUUGCAUACGCUGUCGGCUUCGGAUUUUAAGAAGAUUCUUGAUGGAGACGCAUCGACUUGGGUGCUCAUAGUAGCCCCAUACAAGGUGACAUGGCAGCACAUGCUUGACCCGUUUGUGGAAGUCGCACUUGAGUUUAGAGAGGCUGGAGUCAGUUUUGGUAUAAUGAUCUGCACGGUACACACGGACGACUAUUGUCGCAAAGUAUCCGGCAAUACCGCUCUGAUCGCGGUACAAGAGAGGGGCAAGUUGCACAAAUUCAGAGGAGAAUCGGAUAAGGAGAGCAUUAUUGAGUUCGUCGAUCUGAUUAAGGAUAUUGAUAAUUUCGGUUUAACAGAAGAACAAGUGCUAGAAAUAAGUGACGUAUGGAGCAGAGAACAUUCAUGGCUAGUCGCGUUCUUGCCGAGUCAUUGUACUGAAGUUUGCGAUAAACUGCUGCACGAAAUGAGGAUCGCUUCGAAACGGCUUCGACCGCUGAAGUUUGUCCGUGUGGGUGCUCUUUGGUGCAAACCGGAACAAACCGGUUUCUGCCAGAACAUUCGAUCGCCAACACUACGACUGUAUCCUUUAACUUCGGGACGACAUUUUACUGUAUCCCUGCAGCAGUUAUCUAAAGCACCUUACAUAUUGGAGUGGGCGCUCAAUCACCUUGAUGACUCCAUUGUUAAAUUAAACACGCAAACCUUUGACUAUAGAGUAACUGGUGACGAAAAGCCGUGGAUUGUAUACUUCCAUUCACCAAGGUGCUACAGAUGUUACGAACUGUUUCCUGACUUUGCGAUCAUCGCUCAUCAUCUCAGUAACGUGGUAAACUUCGGCAAAGUGAACUGCCUGAUAGACAGACAGAUCUGCCAACAAGAGUACAUCAACAGUUACCCCUCCAUGCGGAUAUAUUUGAAUAAAAACGAACGCCAGCCGUACAAGGCUGUAGUCAAUCUACCAGUUAGUGAAUAUUCACAACUGCUAUCCGAUCUCAAACCACAUUUGUCAGAUUAUAACGACGAUAUCUUAGCCAAAUUCGAAAGUAUUAGCGUUAAAAGCCCGUAUUUUCGCGAUGAAUUGUAAACACUAAAACAUUCCAAUUACGAAACGGUCGUUUUUCAAUUAUUAUCCAUUAAUAAUAAGUCUGUAGUGAUUUUAUAGGUCCGCCAUGUUGGAUUUAGAAUGACGUAGUAUAAUCUGUAGAA